UAAUAAGCAGGCGGAGAAAAGAGGAAGUAAGAUAGGAAACGAUCACGCAUUUUGUGGGAGAGAGCCCUUCUUUGUCGCGCCGGCGAGGCGGAUUCGCCCGAUCCGUCGCUGCCUGAACGUCCGAGGAUGUCUUCGGAUCUGCUGCGUGAAGAUGCAGGCCACCGCUACGUGAAGAUGCAGUCGGAGCCGUCGGCGUCUCCGUCGCCGUCGCAUUCGUUCCGAUUGCCGGAUCAGCCGCGGAUCUUCAACGAAUUGCCCGUGGCGGAGAUAGUCUCCGUGUCCCGACCCGAUGCCGGCGACAUCAGCCCCAUGCUCCUCACUUACACCAUCGACUUCCAUUACAAGCAGUUCAAAUGGCGCUUAAUAAAGAAAGCUUCACAUGUUCUAUAUCUACAUCUUACUUUGAAAAAGCGAGCGUUUAUUGAGGAAUUUCAUGAGAAGCAGGAGCAGGUUAAAGAAUGGCUUCAAAAUCUUGGUAUAGGGGAUCAUACAACUGUUAUGCAAGUUGAUGAUGAAGCGGACGAUGAGCCUGUUCCUUUACUGCAAGAGGAGACUUUAUCAGCACGGAAAAGAGAUGUGCCUUCUAGCGCUGCAUUUCCAAUUAUUCGGCCUGCACUAGGGAGACAACAUUCCAUUUCUGACAGGGCAAAAGUGGCUAUGCAAGGUUAUUUGAAUCAUUUUUUGGGGAACUUGGAUAUUGUGAAUUCUGAAGAGGUUUGUAGGUUUUUAGAGGUCUCAAGGCUAUCAUUUUUGCCUGAGUAUGGACCCAAGCUAAAAGAAGAUUAUGUUAUGGUGAGACAUUUGCCAAAGAUUCAAAAUGAUGAUGAUGGAAAAUGUUGCUCUGGCCACUUGUUUAGUUUUUGUAAUGGCAGUUGGCAGAAGGUCUGGGCUGUACUGAAACCAGGAUUCUUGGCUUUACUGGAAGAUCCUUAUGACACAAAUCUUUUGGACAUUAUUAUUUUCGAUGUACUUCCUUCUUCAGAUGGAAAUGGGGAAGGCCGUGUUCUUUUAGCAAAAGAGACAAAGGAACGCAAUCCUCUCCGCUUUGGCUUUCAAAUAUCUUGUGGGAAUCGUACUGUAAGUAUAAGGAUGAAAAGUAAUGCAAAAGUUAGGGAUUGGGUUGCUGCAAUAAAUGAUGCUGGGUUAAGGCCUCCGGAAGGGUGGUGUUAUCCUCACCGCUUUGGUUCCUUUGCACCACCAAGAGGUUUAACUGAAGAUGAUAGUUAUGUUCAAUGGUUCAUUGAUGGCAAAGCUUCUUUCGAAGCAAUUGCUUGUUCAAUCGAGGAUGCGAAAUCAGAGAUAUUCAUUACUGGCUGGUGGUUGUGCCCCGAAUUGUACUUAAGACGCCCUUUUAGUGUUCAUGGAUCUUCACGACUUGAUGCGAUGUUAGAGGCAAAAGCCAAACAAGGUGUUCAGAUACAUAUUCUUCUUUACAAAGAGGUUGCUCUUGCUUUGAAGAUUAACAGCGAAUACAGUAAGAGAAGAUUACUGAACAUCCAUGAGAAUGUAAAAGUUUUACGCUAUCCAGAUCAUUUUUCAAGUGGUGUUUAUUUAUGGUCUCAUCAUGAGAAAAUUGUUAUUGUGGAUAAUCAAAUAUGCUUCAUUGGAGGGCUUGAUUUGUGUUUUGGACGCUAUGACAACUUUGAACACAAAGUAGGUGAUUUCCCACCUCUUAUGUGGCCUGGAAAGGACUAUUACAACCCUAGGGAAUCAGAACCUAAUUCUUGGGAAGAUACUAUGAAAGAAGAAUUAGAUCGUGAAAAAUAUCCUCGAAUGCCUUGGCAUGACGUCCAGUGUGCUCUCUGGGGGGCACCCUGUCGUGAUGUUGCAAGGCAUUUUGUUCAGCGCUGGAAUUAUGCUAAGAGAAACAAAGCUGCAAAUGAGCAAGCAAUUCCCUUGCUGAUGCCUCAGCAUCACAUGGUUAUUCCACAUUACAUGGGAAAUGGUGGAGAAGUCGAUGUACGAAACAAGGAACAAGUUCAAAAUCACAAAGAUGCUAAAAAGACAAGGUCAUUCCCUUCGUCUACAUCAUACCAAGAUAUUCCACUGCUAUUACCACAAGAACCUGAUGGGCUAGAAGCAGCAAAUGAUAGAGAAAAAUAUGUGCUGGAAAAUUCAUGUGGUCUUUUGGAUAAUCGAAAUAGAGCCAACCAGAAUCAACCCUUUCCCUUGAGGAGAAUCAAAGUUGAACAUCCUAUUCAAGACAUGCAGAUGAAAGGUUUUGUUGAUAACCUUGGAUCUCCCCAACUAGAGAGGGGAAACCAUUAUGAUGUGAUCGCCCCACCUCAAAAUAUGGAUGAGUGGUGGGAAACACAAGAGAGAGGCGAUCAAGUUGUGUCUGCAGAUGAAGCUAGACAAGUUGGCCCUCGCACACUAUGCCGUUGUCAGAUCAUUAGAAGUGUAGGUCAAUGGUCAGCUGGAACAAGCCAGACUGAAGAGAGCAUUCACAAUGCCUAUAUUUCCCUUAUUGAAAAAGCAGAUUAUUUCAUUUACAUUGAGAAUCAGUUUUUCAUAUCAGGGCUCUCAGGCGAUGUGAUAAUAAGGAACCGUGUCUUAGAUGCACUAUACCAGAGAAUUCUGAGAGCCGAGAGGGAAAAGAUGUGUUUCAGGGUCAUAAUAGUGAUACCCUUGUUACCUGGAUUCCAGGGUGGCAUUGAUGAUGGCGGUGCUGCAUCUGUGAGGGCAAUAAUGCAUUGGCAAUAUCGAACCAUUUGUAGAGGCCCAAAUUCAAUAUUGCAGAAUCUAUAUGACUUGAUGGGUCCUAGAGCACAUGAUUACAUUUCUUUUUAUGGCCUUCGAUCAUAUGGAAGACUUUCUGAUGGAGGUCCUUUGGCGACAAAUCAGAUAUAUGUACACAGCAAAUUGAUGAUAGUUGAUGAUCGGGUGGCAUUAGUUGGUUCAGCUAACAUAAAUGAUAGAAGCUUGUUAGGAUCUAGAGAUUCUGAGAUCGGUGUUCUUAUUGAAGAUAAACAAUUUGUUGAGUCAUUUAUGAAUGGCAAACCAUGGAAAGCUGGAAAGUUUUCUCUUAGCCUUCGCCUCUCAUUGUGGCUGGAACAUUUGGGUCUUCGUGCUGAUGAAAUUAGUCAGAUUAGAGAUCCUGUCAUUGAGGCCACAUACAGGGAUAUAUGGAUGACAACUGCUAAGACAAACACAAUGAUAUACCAGGCUAUCUUUUCAUGCGUUCCCAAUGAUCUUAUCCACACCAGAUCUGCCUUCCGACAGAGCACUAAUUAUUGUAAAGAGAAACUCAGACAUACCACCAUUGAUUUAGGAAUAUGUCCUGAAAAGUUGGAGACAUACGAGAAUGGAGAUGUCAAAGACAUGGAUCCGAUGGAGAAACUACAGAUGGUUAGAGGUCACCUGGUUUCAUUUCCUCUGGAUUUUAUGUGCAAUGAGGAUUUGAGGCCUGGUUUCAGUGAGGGCGAGUUCUAUGCGUCCUCUCAGGUUUUUCAUUAGCUUAUGAACUUACAUUCUUUUUCGAUACACUGUAUAUUGUGUACCACAGCAGCCCAUGGCUUGUAAAUGUUCUCAACUUGUACGUGCAGGAGCAGAGUAAGCUAUACAUGAUAGAUAAAUCAUUCAUUGAUUUUUAUAGGCUAAAGAAUAAAAGCCUUUUCAAAA